CCACGAACUUCGAAAAAAACAACGACACCCCAACAACCAAAUCCCAGACCAAUAACAUAAAGACAUCAGCAGGAUCAACAUGUUCCAUUACUCAUCCUUAACUGACCGCGACCCCGCGGAACGGUAUCGAGAAUGCUCUCUACCUUCCGUUCACACUGUCGGAAGUUCUUUAUCGAGCCAAAGCCUCAGACUCGAACUGCGGAAGGCCAAUAAUUUCGCUUUGCUCAGAUAUGAGGCAAUCCAAAACACGUUGAGAAAACUGUGCAAAGAGAUUCUGCAGUUGGAGGAGGUGCUUUUGGGUGCGGGGGCUGAGGGAGGUGGUGGCGCAGCUGUAGGAGCACAGAUAUGGAUGAAGAAAUGCAAUCAGCAUGUAAGUAAUUGUGGUUACUACAUAAACAUCUAUGAUCAGGACCAACCUUGACAUGUUGGUAAUGAUCAUGUAAGUAAUUGUGGUUACUACAACAAAGGUAAUAAAUUGUAGUAUUUCUCAUGGAUCUAUCCUAGUACUCAUAGAAGUAUAACGGGAGGUUGCAGUUGUACUCCUGAAACAGAAAAGUACUAAAUCCUUCGUAGCAGAAAUGUAGUUUCUAGCUCGGUUAAAUUUGUACUAGUACUGAAACUACAGAAAAGUAUUACCUAGUUUCUAGUUCGGUUCUGCGCUUGCAAGCAGCGUAGAGAAGCCACGACUUCCCCAUCAACUUCAAACAUUGUCGAAGACGGCAUACGCAGACGCAUUCAGGAACAAGCAGCAGAGAUCGUCCUCCUUGACCAGUUUCUACGCGACAACAAGAAAUGCUUGGGGGCGUUGGUGGGGAAGUUUUUCUCGAAUACGAAGAUCGAAUCUACUUCUAUGGACGACUCAUCUAGAAGAAGUACUACUAUGACAAAAGAGGCGAAGCAGACCCCAUCGUGUUCCAGUUCGAACACUUCUUCGGAAGAUGAAGAUGAGAGUGGAGUCAAUACACGGAGGACAUCUUCGCUUCAGGACGUAGUCAAAUCCGACUCUGCUUUUCCGCCUCAUCUGAACGAAUCUGAUGUUGACCGCACAACUACGAGGAGAAUAAACGACUUACCACUAGACGAACUCUUGAUCCUGUUGUCACUGACAUGGCAAUUGCUAAGAGGAGGCUCUGCACGAGGCGAGCAGUGGCGUGGAGGACUCAAAUUCGUUCGGAAAACACAGAAAUAUUGGGUUCCGAAGAGCGAGGUCGUGCGUCUAAAAGCUGGGAUUUUAGAGCACUUGCCGUACUUGAUCUUCGGAAAAACGGCAGAAGAGCUGGGGAAAAUAUUGUUGCAACCGUUCCGGGAACCGGUUUAUGGUAAAAGAACUGAUUGUAUUUGAAUAAGUAAUACAAUUUAUCACCUCCUUCAACUUCAUCGAUGAUAUGGUAGGGGAAGUUCAUCAGAUGUGAAUAAUCAACUUAUCACCUCCUUGUUCGUCCCCACGCCCACAAGACGGAUCGCUAAAAUUUCCCGGGGCUUUCUCGUCUCGUCACUCGACCCAACAUCUCUAACCUCAGGAAACAGGUUUGCCUUCCGACAACCAAAGCCAACCUCCACCGCAUCUUUCCGACAGUCAACAGAUCAGUUCUGUCUACUUAGACAACCCAGAGCAUGCAGUCUGUUUUCGGCGUCGGGUGUAUCGCGAGGAAGGAGCGAGGUUAGUGAGGUGUAGGUGGUAUGAGACGACAGAAUUUGCGAAGUCUCAGGAGAUAUUCGUGGAACGGAAAAUCCAUCACGAAUGCUGGGUAGCGGAAUCGAGUACAAUUAUGAUGGAGAGGCGGAAAAUCAUUUCCCAACACCUUGCCUACAAUAAUUAAGCGUAGGUUAAAGGUGCUUUUCUUACCACUUUUUAUGCCUCUCCUAAAGACGAAAGGCAUAACAAGCGGGGUAAGCGAGCACCACAAACCUACCUCUAAAAUAACCGUAAUAGGAACGAGGUCUACUCUGCAUUGAACCCUCAUCUACUUCUUUUAGAUUUACCUCCUCUAAUCUCCAAGAGCGUUUCACUCUCCCGCGAGAACGACUUCGUGGCUUUCUCAAGUCGGAGUUCGAUGUCGACCAAUAUGUCCAGAACCUGCGAUUUUUCGGGUCUUCUCGCGGAAAAAAACAACCUUUGAAGGAAGAACAGCUAGAGGAUUUUCACGAUCUAGCUUCUGAAGUCUCCACGAUGAUCAAGAAAGACGAACUUCGACCUAUGAUCCGCACAGCCUACAAACGAUGUGCCUUUCAAUCUGCUGCUUCGAACGAAUUGAGGAUUUCCUUAGAUACGGAGAUGAAUUAAGGCUCAACUUUCAGAUUGUGGUCACCAUUUUUUAGAUUGGAGUCAGUCACCAUUUAGAAAAAGAUUUAGAAGAGGAGACCCCUUCCUUCUUGAGAGAACCAACAGCGGAAAUAAAAGGGGAGCUCCUUUGGAGGUGGUCUCUUCCGUUCAGAAUCAGUGGCCACUGACUGGUGACCUUUAAACGAAGCUACGGAACGAGUAUCGGCCAGAACAGGUUGAGAAGGAAGAAGAAGGUCUGGAGGACUACUGUGAAUUGUUGAGACCCUCUUUCUCGCGAAGUACAUCACGACUAUCAUCAACAAGCAGUCCAACGACGAAAUUGGCUGGGAGCAGCUCGAAUGCGAGUGGUGCUGGGACAGGUUCUGGAGGUGGUGGGACUACGGUGCCUGGACGACCAACUUUUUCCUCAUACUCAGCAAAAAAGGCGGAUCAAAACAACUCCUCAAUAAACCCUUUCAAUAGCGCUUCAACAAAGAACUUCUUUGGGAACCAUCAAGGACAACAACAACAACAACAGCAAAAGGUGCACAUCCUCGAAAAGCAAGAACAUCAACAGGAUGAGGACUACAUCUUCCCCUUCGCAAUUUUAGAAGUCAAACUAGCCGGUCUCGAGGAAAACCCUCCAUGGGUAGCGCAAUUACUGCGUGACUGUAGAAUUACACAGGUGUACAAGUUUAGCAAAUUUCAACAUGCUAUGGCGUUAUUGCAUCCAGAGGUGUGCGUCUCGAAGCCUCAUUGGUGGAGGGCAAAAAUGUUUGGGGGAGGAGGCUUUGCUGGAGGUGGACAGCAACUACAACUUCAGGAUCAGGCUGCCCGAGAACAUAUUACUUCAGGUUACAAGUCACCACCGCCCAGUCCUUCUUCAUCUAUGAUCGAGCUGCCUACUUCCAUGGUGAAGAACCUAAAUAAGAAUGUGAACAACUACUCGUGCUCGUCUUCUCCGAUUCCAGACUCCACCUCUUCUUUGAAGAUGAGAAACAUGGGUGUCCUGGAUUUCAAAGCUUUCUUCGCCAACGAACGAACGCUGAUUCACUACGUGAAGCACGGCUUGUUAUUCCUGUUCUUCCUCCGAUACAUCGCCCAUGCGCAAAGCGAUUUCUGGCGUGGCAUUGCAUUCUGCUGUGCGCCUGUGGUUAGUACCUACUUCGUCUGGUCUCUGUUGAUCUUUCAAGACCGGGUCGACAUUUUGCAGUCUCUACAGGCGGUGAACAACAAAAACUACAGUUAUGCUGGUCAGCUUUUUUCGUUUCCAUCAUUCUCGGCAAGAACAUUUAGUGUCCCCUGUAUUUUCCCUUGUAUUCUCGUGAAGAAAUACUCCUUUUGUUCCCCUGUAUUCUUCUCAUUUGAAUAAUAGAUACAAGGUAAAAGGGGUCAAGAUGAGGACGCCGAGAGGCAAUCUAGCAGACUCUAAUACAGGAUGGACAGUCUGGAUGGGCCUUGCUUGGCGUUUGCAGCGUCUCUAUUUCUGCUAAUCGCCACACUGAUGUUGGUGAUGCUGACGUCGCCGACGAUGGUGACGGGAGGGGAGUACGGAGAAGACGAUUUUCCUGUAGGGUCAGGGAUUACAUCGUGAAGAUUGGGGACGAUGCAAUGCAAAUACUUAUUAAAAAGAGACUCCUAGUCCUGAGUCGUAGUAGAAGAUUUGUUUUUGAAAAUUUUACCUUUGCAUGCCACGAGGACUCAAUUUUUUUAGCUUUUUGUUUGCUU